GGAUGGGAAUCGCUGGCUUCGGAGUUAUCGCCCGACUCCUUCCGCCAUCAGCAUCAUCUGCAACCAAAUGGCUUACCCCUAACCCCUUAUUUAUUUCCUCCAUCUCUCUUCCUCUACUCAGUUUGAGCUCUGUAGAAGCCGCCGGGAUCCCUGCUUCUUAGCACCCGCAAGCCACUCUAACCCCGAGAUCCCCGACCCCCAUCUCUUCUUUUCCCGGAUCGAGCAUCAGAAGCUGGAUCGCGGUGCUCCUGGAGUGAAGCACUUGGGAUUUGGUUUGUUUUCAACAUAAAAAUAUCAAAGGAGUUGCAUUUCUCGCAGAGAAAUAGGAUUUUGAGAUGAACUCUCUCUUCCUCUCACCAGCAGCCAAUGUAUGUGGGGAGAGUAGCAGUUAUGUAUCUGGAUCACAUAUUUAUACAUGGAAUGGUCUCCUUGGUGCUGAACAACGGAGGGUCUUGUCCAGUGGAGUUAGCAGAGUUUGGCUGAAGCAUUUUGGACAAUCUACACGUAGAAAUGGGCAUAGGUUUUGUGUUGUUGCAAGAAUUAAAAAAGGACAAAAGAAUGAAUAUCCCUGGCCAGAAGAUAUUGAUCCAAAUUUAAAAAGUGGCCACUUGAGCUAUUUGUCUCGAUUCAAGCCUCUCAUGGAAAAACCAAAGCCGGUUACUCUUGAAUUUGAGAAGCCAUUGGUUGAACUACAAAAGAAGAUUAUUGAUGUGCGUAAAAUGGCUGAUGAGACUGGUCUGGACUUCACUGAUCAAAUUAAUCUACUGGAAAGCAAAUACCAGCAGGCCCUGAAAGACUUGUACACACAUUUGACUCCUAUUCAAAGAUUGAGUAUUGCUCGGCAUCCCAACAGGCCAACAUUUCUUGACCAUGUGUUGAACAUUACUGACAAGUGGGUCGAGCUUCAUGGAGACCGUGCAGGUUAUGAUGACCCUGCCAUUGUAACAGGUCUUGGAACCAUAGAUGGGAACACGUAUGCAUUUAUUGGUCAUCAGAAAGGCAGGAACACUAAAGAAAAUAUACACCGCAAUUUUGGAAUGCCUACUCCACACGGUUACCGUAAGGCCUUGCGUAUGAUGAGGUAUGCAGACCACCAUAGAUUUCCCAUCAUCACAUUUAUUGACACACCUGGGGCAUUUGCUGAUCUUAAAUCUGAAGAACUUGGCCAGGGGGAGGCAAUAGCCGUUAACUUAAGGACUAUGUUUGACCUGAAGGUUCCAAUUGUCACUAUUGUUAUUGGUGAAGGUGGAUCUGGUGGAGCUCUUGCUAUUGGCUGUGCAAACAAAAUGUACAUGUUGGAAAAUUCAGUCUUCUAUGUUGCCAGUCCAGAAGCAUGUGCUGCAAUUUUGUGGAAGUCUUCUCAAGAAGCUCCUGAGGCAGCUGAGCAACUGAAGAUCACAUCCACCGAACUUUGUAAAUUAAAAAUUGCAGAUGGGAUCAUUCCAGAACCUCUUGGUGGUGCGCAUACUGAUCCAACAUGGACAUCCCAGCAGAUAAAGGUUAAACUCGUGAAGGCCAUGCAGGAGCUUGCUGCAAUGGACAAAGAAACUCUACUUAGUCAUCGCCAUAUGAAGUUCAGGCAAAUAGGGGGAUAUCUAGAAGGCAAACCUCUUCCACCAACUAAGAAUUUUAACAUGAAAAAGAAGGAAGUCAACCUUUCCAAAGUCAAAGCUGACAUAGUGAUGGAAAUUGAAAACCUAAAGAAAUCAGUAGUGGAAGCUAAAGGCAAAUAUCCUAUGCCAACCAUCUCUGACAAAAUAGAAAAACUUAGGAAAGAAAUUGACAAGGAAAUGACAAAGGCCUUCAUUUCAAUGGGAUUACAAAGAAGGGUCAAAGCUCUUAAGAUGGAGUUAUCCAAAUCUCCGAGCACGCCUGAUGGAACACUUAGUCCAACCUUGCAGGAAAAAGCAGAUAGACUGGUGAACAAAUUUAAGCACAAUCUAUCUCGUCGUGGAUCUUACAUGGGCCUAAAGAAGAAACUUGUACUGCUUUUUAAGAUUAACAGGCUGCAGGACUUGAAAGCUAGAGGAGAGAAGCUUAAGGAACAGAUUAAUGAAAAACUCGAUGAGAAACUCAAAGAGAAGGUCAAAGGCAAGAUGGAGGUACUGAGAAAGGCGCGUGAUAAGGUGGCAAAGGGGGAACAAUUAGAUGAUGAUCAGAUCAAGGAGGUGGAAAGUGCCAAGGAAGAGUUAGCGGAAAUGCUAAAAUCUGUGAAUCUUGAAGUGGUGGGAUCGGUUAAGAAGAUAGGACCAACAUCUCCACCUGGGUUAGGUGAGAAAUUAGCAAAGGCAGAUGAGGUGAUAAAUAAGGAAAUAGAGAAGGCAGUAGAUAUGGCUGGCAUUAGGGGGAAAAUAGAAGAGUUGAAGAAGCAGAUAGCCAGUGGUCCCAGUGAUGAAAAAGUGGAGGAAUUGGAGAGAGAGAUAAGGGAGCAAAUUGCUGCUGUAAUGGAUCUUACUGGCCUGAAGAAGAAGGUAGAAAGUGUCGUCGGUUUACCUGCGCAAGAAACAGUUGAUGCCGAAGGCAGUCCUGUUGACUUAACUGUUCAAGAGACGGUGAGUGCCGGAAACAGCCCUGAAUGAGGUAUCAGUUUUCUUUUUUUUUUUAAUCGGACAUCACAGCAUAUAGACAGUGCUUUAAGGAACUUGUCUAUUUAAUUUCACUGCCCUCUUGGUCAUUAAUUCCCUUUUAUGGUUGUGGAUAUCUCCAUCGAUACAUGGAGUUAUGUUGAGUUUCUCUAUCUUCAUUUAUGAUGUUAGUAACUGCAAUAAACACAAAUUUGUUGUUGUUUUGCUAUUUAAUCUUGGAUUUACAUGGGAAACUUCUAUAAUUCAUUUUACCUA